AUGCUUUUCACGAAGUACAUUGCUUACCUCGCUCUGCCCAUCCUUGCGGUUGCCACACCCAUGCCCUUGCCCGGCGGAGGCUCACCGACAUCCAAGCCUCCCGCGACGACGAUCACCGUCACAGCUACCGCUACAGAGACAAUAACCGGUGGUCAGUGCAACACCGGCCCGAUUCAAUGCUGCAAUUCCGUCCAGAAGGCGGAUAGCUCGGCAGUUACGGGUAUUUUGGGCUUGCUGGGCGUUGUCAUCCAAGACAUCAAUGCGCUUGUCGGGCUUACUUGUGACCCUAUCUCUGUUAUUGGCCUCGGUAGUGCUGGAUGCUCCGCCACUCCCGUUUGCUGCGAGAAUAACACUUUCAAUGGCCUCAUUGCCAUUGGCUGUGUCCCGAUUAUAAUUAACCUUUGAGGUGUUUAUUGUUCGACUUGACGGAUAUGCCUUGAUGCACUUGGGAGUUUCUCAUGAAUAUAUAUACCUUGUUACUCUCAACGGUUAUUCGGGAUGUACUGCUCUGUUCCUCACUUGGGUCUUUAAAUAAAGACUUGCUCUGUCCUCGUUUGAAUAACGACUUAGAAAGUUUGGGAUUUAAAAUUACAAGUUACCAAAUGAAGCAC